AGGAGGAGGAGAGCCGGAGGAGGGGGAAAGAGGGAGGGGAGAGCUGUGGCGGCGGCUGCGCCGGGCUGUGUGUCUCUCGCCGCCGGAGGAAGAUGAGGCUGAAGAUUGGGUUCAUCUUACGCAGUUUGCUGGUGGUGGGAAGCUUCCUGGGGCUAGUGGUCCUCUGGUCUUCCCUCUCCCCGCGGCCGGACGACCCGAGCUCGCCGAGCAGGAUGAGGGAAGACAGAGAUGUCAAUAACCCCAUGCCUAACCGAGGAGGCAAUGGAUUAGCUCCCGGGGAUGACAGAUUCAAACCUGUGGUACCAUGGCCUCAUGUUGAAGGAGUAGAAGUGGACUUAGAGUCUAUUAGAAGAAAAAAUAAGGCCAAAAAUGAACACGAGCACCAUGCUGGAGGAGAUUCCCAGAAAGACGUAAUACAGAGGCAAUAUCUCACAUUUAAGCCUCAGACUUUCACCUACCAUGACCCUGUGCUACGCCCAGGAAUCCUCGGUAACUUUGAACCCAAAGAACCUGAACCUCAUGGAGUGGUUGGUGGUCCUGGAGAGAAAGCCAAGCCAUUGGUUUUGGGACCAGAAUUCAAACAUGCUGUUCAAGCCAGCAUUAAAGAGUUUGGAUUUAACAUGGUGGCAAGUGACAUGAUCUCCCUGGACCGCAGCGUCAAUGACUUGCGUCAAGAAGAAUGCAGGUAUUGGCAUUAUGAUGAAAACCUGCUCACUUCCAGUGUUGUCAUUGUCUUCCAUAAUGAAGGAUGGUCAACCCUCAUGAGAACAGUCCACAGUGUAAUUAAAAGGACUCCAAGAAAAUAUUUAGCAGAAAUUGUGUUAAUUGAUGAUUUCAGUAAUAAAGAACACUUAAAAGAAAAACUAGAAGACUAUAUUAAGCUGUGGAAUGGCCUGGUGAAGUUAUUUCGAAAUGAAAGAAGAGAAGGUUUAAUUCAAGCACGAAGUAUUGGUGCUCAGAAGGCUAAACUUGGACAGGUUUUGAUAUACCUUGAUGCUCAUUGUGAGGUGGCAGUGAACUGGUAUGCACCACUUGUAGCUCCCAUAUCUAAGGACAGAACUACAUGUACUGUGCCUCUAAUAGAUUACAUAGAUGGGAAUGAUUAUUCCAUUGAACCACAGCAAGGUGGGGAUGAAGAUGGUUUUGCCAGAGGGGCCUGGGACUGGAGUUUACUAUGGAAACGUAUUCCUCUAAGCCACAAGGAAAAGGCCAAAAGAAAACAUAAAACUGAACCCUAUCGGUCCCCAGCCAUGGCUGGAGGAUUAUUUGCCAUUGAACGAGAGUUCUUCUUUGAACUGGGUCUCUAUGAUCCAGGUCUCCAGAUUUGGGGUGGUGAAAACUUUGAGAUCUCAUACAAGAUAUGGCAUGCGGUGGCAAAUUAUUGUUUGUCCUUGUCUCGUGUGGGACACAUCUACCGUCUUGAGGGCUGGCAAGGAAAUCCCACCUGUUAUGUUGGGUCUUCGCCAACUCUUAAAGAGUGAAAUUAUGUUAGAGUUGUAGAGGUUUGGUGGGAUGAAUACAAAGACUACUUCUAUGCUAGUCGUCCUGAAUCAAAGGCAUUACCAUAUGGAGAUAUAUCUGAGCUAAAAAAAUUUCGAGAAGAUCACAACUGCAAAAGUUUCAAAUGGUUCAUGGAAGAAAUAGCUUAUGAUAUCACCGCACACUAUCCUUUACCACCCAAAAAUAUUGACUGGGGAGAGAUCAGAGGCCUUGAAACUGCUUACUGCAUUGAUAGCAUGGGGAAAACAAAUGGAGGUUUUGUUGAACUAGGACCCUGCCACAGGAUGGGAGGGAACCAGCUUUUCAGAAUCAAUGAAGCUAAUCAACUCAUGCAGUAUGACCAGUGCUUGACAAAGGGGUCUGAUGGAUCCAAAGUUAUGAUUACACACUGCAAUCUAAAUGAAUUUAAGGAAUGGCAGUACUUCAAGAACCUGUACAGAUUUACUCACAUUCCUUCAGGAAGGUGCUUAGAUCGCUCAGAGGUCCUACAUCAAGUGUUCAUCUCCAAUUGCGACUCCAAUAAAAUGAGUCAAAAGUGGGAAAUGAAUAACAUCCGUAGUCUUUAGAAAGAACAAAAGAAACCAAUAACCUACCUACUGACAGGUAAAUUUAUUCAGGACUGAAAACCGCCUGAAACCUGCUGCAGCUGUUAACUCUGUACAGCUCCAAACCUGGAACCUCCUAAUCAGUUUGAAGGACAUUGAUGAUAAACUGUGAUUUUAUGAUAACAUUAUCAUCUGCAGUUACUGUUUACAAAACUGCUUUUACCUUAAACUUUGUAGAUGUUUACAUCAUUUUUGUUGUUUUAAGAUGAUGUUGGUUAUUUGUAUUUAGCUCUGUUGUACUAGAACAGAGUUAAAGCAUUGUUCUCUUCUUUGGGAUUACACUCAGGGUUCAGAAAGGCAGUUUGAUUUUUUUUUUUAACACACUUGAAGAAAAGGUUGGAGUAACCAGACUUUCAUAUAUAACUUGGUGAUUAUCAACCUGUUGUGUCUUUAUUUAAUUUCACAUCAUUUUGAAGCACUGCCACAGGUUAUUAGCCAAGGUGGCCUUCCUUCACAGUCAUGCUGCUUUUUUGAAAGGUGAAUUUCAACACAUUUAGUGCCUCUUUCAUUUCUCAGUAUAUAUUUCAAGAGCUUUUGAUGAAAUUUAUAGGAUGGAUAUGAUGGAAUUGUCACCUGGAAGAAGGAGACUACUCAGAAAUGAAUUUAUAUGUAACCAUUCACUAUGAAGUUUAAUGUUGUACAGCUUGAAAAAGAAAUGACAACAUGGAACAUUCCAAGGCUAUUCUAUAGGGUUUGUAGAUUGUGUGGCAUUAACUCCCUUACCUGCUGGCAUUACCAGUGCCUCGUAUCGAUAUUAACCCUUGAUAUAGCCAAGGGGUCUUCUAGCAGAGAGAAAAAUUAUCCACUCACAUUUGGGAUUUACUUUUCUCCAGUAUCUGUCACUUGAGAAAACUGUAAAUAAUUUCCAAUUUUAAAACCUUGAAAGGGAGAUAGCAAAACAACAAAACACCACUGUAAACAUGUCAAAGGUUCAUUCUAACCUAGGUAAGACUUUCCAAGCCCUUUUUAGAUCAAGCCUGACAGAACUCCUGCAAAUUGUAACCUAAGCUGUGCAACCUACGAAGCCAAGAAUGAAUUGAUGUUUCAUUUAUCUUCAUCCAAAUAAAUUCCCUGCACAUUUUUUAAAAAUUUUUAAAAAGUUAUCUAAGAAUACAGUUCUUUAACAAAUACAAACCACUUUCUGUUAGAUUGGUUGUUAGUUCCUAAGUGUGUUUAUCUUUUUUUAGAAAAUGUAUUUUUAUUAGUAUUUUUUUCAAUGAAAAGAUUUGUUUGGAUUUAAACAUCUUUCAAGACAGUUCCUACUCUAGGAGAACCAAAUACUGUAAACAGUCAUUUGAUUUUAAUUUCUAAUUAGUCUCUUAUUACAUAAAAGAUAGAAAACCGUAAGUUAUAAGUGCUAUAAAAUGUGGUGAGGUGAAGCAUGGCAAGUGAAUUAAGUAUUUUUGACCCUGAAUCAUGAUAUCACUACAAUGAAUGUAAUUUACAAAGUACUGGCAGAGGGAAGUAUUUUUAGUUGAAGCUUAAAAAAAGAACUUACAUUUGUUUAAAAGAAAAGCCUAUAAAUUUGAUUCUUCAAGCUUGGCCCCUAAAUUUGGAGUAAAAGUUAACAUUAAACAUCCUAAACAAUCAAGUUUUAUUUAUAAUUUUGAAUUGUCAAUUUGUAUUUUGCUACUGAUCUGUGAUCAGCCAUUUUAACUUUCAUUCAUCUCUAGGGAUAUUUAAAAAGGAAUACAUUUAUAUGGUUAUAUAACUGUAAAAUAAAUCAACUAUAAAAGAAGAAACUAAGAGAGAAUUGGUACUUUAAACACUUGUGUGUUUGCAAAUAGACCCCAUUUUCCAUGUUGAAUAGAUUAUAACCUUGUUAACUAUGCAUAGGCCUAAGAAAGGUGGCACAUGAACUGUCCAUGUAAAUUUUAAACAGUUAUUUUCUGCAAUUCAUUAGAAGUUACUCUGAAUAAUUCUAUACAUUUAAUCAGAAACUUUACCAAACACACAAAAACAUCAGAAGCUGCUGCCAUAAUGACUAUUUUCUACUGUAGGCUGCUUUGGAAAUAAUAAUUCCCAUGUCCUUGCUUUGUAAAUUGAUAAUAUCACUAUGCAUUUCUACACAUUUUAUAAAUUUGAUUUAUGCAGAUUUUGAUACACUGUAUGUUUCUGUAGAAAUUGUAUAAAUAUUCAAGAUUUUAUUAGGGAUAAAUUUGAGCUUAUGUAUAUCAAUUCUGGGUUGCUUGUUUUUUAGGUGAUAAAAAAAUAAAUACUGUAUUUU